GACAAGGUGAUUAGGAGCAGGAGAUUAAGUACCCAUGAAGCAGUUUGUAAUGGUAAAGUAAACAAAAGAGCACUGCAAGUGAGACAGAAAGGGACAGAGAGGGGGCCUGGAAGGACAGGCAAUGACUUUCCCAGUGCUUAGCAAAGAGGCCGAGACUAACAUGAGAAAGCUGCAAACAGUCUUAGAUAGGUGGAUGACAAACGGGAACCGUGCUUCAAGUAUGGAGUAACUUACAACAAAUGCUCAAAAAAGAGAGGCCUUUGAUGUUGACUCAGACACCCUAAAGUUCCAAGUGGAUUUACCUUCAUCUCUCUAUAUUCCAUUUUCCAUCUGUAAAAUGAGAACAAUACGGACCUCAACUCACAGCUGCAUUUAAUAACCAUCACAGAAAGCCCACAAAAAGAACAAUCUUCUCUUCGGAACAACAUAGAACAGAGUAUAUUCAUAACAUAGUCAUUCAAAAAUGGAGGGAGAGGGAAGGAAGCAAUAAUUUUAUCACCAGCUGAACACUGAGCAUUUUGCAGACUGAGGCAGCAUUACUGAUAUAAGUGGAGAACUGGUCUAGAAACAAGAACCAGGGUUGAACAUGUAGCUUUAAUUUUAGAAUUCAAUCAGUUGCGUGCUUGAUUUUACAAACAUAAGAACAUUUCUGAAAUUUGUAUUUGUGGAAAACACUGCUGGCAUUGUAUCAUGCUUCAUUUUGUUCUUGAAAUCCUUACUUACAAAACAAAUAACGAAGUUGGUGUACUCCAAGUUUAAGCGAGGCUGACAAGUGAAAACACAGCUUUCUCACGCUGGGUCACAUUAUCAUGGUAUAAAACCAGCAUUUGCGUUAAGCAGCCAUUACACAUUUUCCUGCCUGGCUGUCAUGACAGUGUAACGGAGCAGGAAACCUGGCACACAUGCACACAGGGGCGCGCCAGAACUCAGAACGAGUAACGCUGUCCCACCAAACGCCCCUCCACCCCGUGCCCUCGCCAGUUCGCCCUCAGCCCUUGUGUCCCAGAACGAGCCCGCUGCGCUCCAGCAGCAGCUCGGCCGGGACCACAACCACCUCUGAACACACGGCCGCUCGGACAGUACCCCUUCGGUAACAUAGCACCUGCCGCAGGCAAGAGCCGCCGCCGCGGAGGGCCAGCCCUGGAGGGACAGAGGGAAGUAGGAAAGGAAGGCGAGCGCCGCGGCACCUGCUCAGCCACGGAGCGAGGGCGCAGGCCGUGCGUGAGGCGAGACGCGACACCAGCCACCCCUCACGGGGAUGGGGGGAAGAAGGGGCUGCUCCCGCCAUUUUGAGCCGGGCACUGCGAUCCGGCGGGCGACACUCACCCCGCCAUUUUAGGGGCAGCCCCAAAGCCCUUCGGGUGCGGAGGAUGUGGCUUGGGUCAGACCCGCCCGCGCCGGGCUGGUACCGGCCAGGCCGCGCCCUCCGCCCCCUCCUAGCUCAGGUAUCAGGUGAAACUGGUCGGGUGUGCGGGGCCGGCAGUGGUGUCCGGAGCGCGGCAGGAGAAUGGGUGGACGCCGCAGGCUGUGCCUGGCUGGGCUGCUGUUCAGUGCGCUCCUUGCAGCCGCCACUCGCGCAGAGAGUAGUGGAACCAGCAGUUCAAAAGGAAGAAGUUUUGCUGGCCGGCAAGUUCCAAAUACAAGUAAUGUCUCUGAAGACGCGUAUGAAGUGGAUGAAUUUGCAGCAAAAGCCCUAACAGGAAAGCUGACUACGGUUUUUCUUCCCAUUGUCUAUAUCGUUGUCUUUAUCGUUGGUUUGCCAAGCAAUGCCAUGGCCAUCUGGGUCUUUUUUUUCCGAACAACAAAGAAACAUCCAGCUGUGAUUUAUAUGGUUAACUUGGCAUUGGCAGACCUUCUUUUUGUUGUCUGGUUCCCACUGAAGAUUGCAUACCAUGUAAAUGGCAAUAAUUGGCUCUUUGGUGAAGGUCUCUGCAAAGUACUUGUUGGAUUUUUCUAUGGAAAUAUGUACUGCUCCAUCCUUUUUAUGACAUGUCUCAGUGUGCAACGGUAUUGGGUUGUAGUGAACCCCAUAGUUCAGUCAAGAAAGAAAUCUGAAAUUGCCUUGGGCAUCUCCAUUGCUAUCUGGAUACUGAUUUUGUUGAGCACUAUCCCAUUGUAUCUUGUUAAUCAGACAACAUAUAUUUCGAAUCUUAACAUCACUACCUGCCAUGAUGUGUUGCCUGAAAAUGUUUUGGCUCAUGAUAUGUUCAGUUAUUUCCUCUCACUUGCAAUUGGACUCUUCUUAAUCCCAGCUAUCCUCACUGCUGUUGCUUACAUACUAAUGAUUAAGACUCUGAAUGCUUCCAUCUCAGAUGUAAGCACUGGGAAGAAAAGAAAAAGAGCAAUCAAACUCAUCAUCGUUGUCCUGUCCAUGUAUCUCAUCUGUUUUACACCUAGCAAUGUGCUGCUUGUUGUGCACUAUUUGCUCCUCAAAACCUACAACCAGAGCUAUCUGUAUGUGUCGUACGUAACUGCACUGUGCCUUUCUACUUUGAACAGUUGUAUCGAUCCAUUCAUCUAUUACUAUAUUUCAAAAGACUUCAGAGACAACCUUAAAAAUGCUCUUCUCUGCCGAAGUGUGAGAACUACACGGAGGAUGCAAGUGUCUCUCUCAUCAGGAAGAUACCCCAAGAAAUCAAAUUCUUAUUCUUCAAACUCAAAUGGGACCACUAAAUCAACCUACUGAGUUUAAUCCUAGAAAAGUUAACUUUUAUUACUACUGCUGAAAGGAUGUGACAGGAGAGUUAUUUUCUACAAGAGAGUCUGAAGAAACAUCUCUGCUGUUUAACUGCAUUGAAGCCUGUAUUUCAGAACUGACAGCUGCUUACUCUGUGUAGAAACAGUAAGCAGAUAAGUUCCCAUUAGACUGGGGAAAAAAAAAUCGUGAUGACAUUUCAGAUGCUUUGCAAAAAUGCUGCUGACCAAAAUGGAAGUGAGUUGUGGUUGGAGACAUUUUUGUUCAGUAUUGAAGGCGUUAAGAAGCAAAAUGUCACUGGAAUAUUAUGUAGUGUUGUUAGUAUAUUCAAGUAACAGAGAAAUCUGUUUUGUUUGGCUUUAACUGUAAUGUAUUAAACAGCUGAACAGAUAGUAUGUGUAGGACUUUGAUCUGUGUACCUGCUCACACUGAAAAUAUUUGAAACUGAGGAGAGAAGAAAAAGAGAAUCCAUUUCACCAUCUUGGUGUAGACUGCUUAUUAUCUUUAGUAUAAUAUAAUUUCAUAUUAUUUUCCAAGUUACCUUGCUGUAAAUACUAACAUGGCAGAAGUCUGUAAGGUUAUCCUAUCAAGUUGACAAGCUGAACUUGUUAUCAGCUAGCACUGAGAUAAAAUGGUAGUUGAGAUUAUCAUAGAAUCCUGGAAUAGUUAGGGUUGGAAAGGACCUUAAGAUCAUCUAGUUCCAACCCCCCUGCCAUGGGCAGGGACACCUCACACUGUCCGCUGUUACUUAAUGCUUGCUGGUAUAUGAUCUUAAAUGAGGCUAUUUAACAAAGUUUUGGUGAAUAGCUAUUUGAUUUUUAUAUAAUGUGCCUUGUAUUUUUUAAGAUACAUAAAUAAGAUUUUUUUUUUUUUUUUAAUAUAUAUAUAUAUAACACGUUUGAGUUGGGUGCUUUCUGUUCUGCUUUUACAUGUUUUUCAAAAUGCUAAGUAGUUCAACUUGCCUGGCUAUAGGUCACAAAUAUAUUAUUCAUAACAGUGAAUUAGAAGUCUGACAACUGUAGGUGUAAUAUCUGAAUGGGUUAGGUAAAAAUUACCUAAUGACAUAUUUCAUUAGGGUGAAACUGUUCCGUGUUCCCUAUCUUAUUAGAAGAUAACUAAAAUCAGAUGGUUCAGAACUGUGGGGGAAUAUGAGGUAUUAGAUACGUUAACAAGAUAGAUAGCAAAUUUAACCCCAGUGGAUUUCUGAAGUAUCUGAAGUCCUCUCGCCCACCACUUGUGGCCACGCAGGAAUAUGGCAUCACAUUUACUUUUAAUCUGAGAAACUGGUGGGUUUAUGUUUGGUGGCAGGAUUUAAAUUUUUUUUGUUUUUGUUUUUUUGUUUGGGUUUUUUUUUUGUUGUUGUUGUUUUUUUUCAAAUUUACAGGUAAACGUUUCACCAAGUUGUACAUUGAACUCACAUCUAAGUGCUGUAUCUGGAGACAUAGGCUCAGUCCUUACUAACACAAGGGAAAAGCCCUCAGUCCAAAAGGUACUCUGAGACAGCUAGUAUACAGGUAGAAAAUAUUCACCACUUCUAAUAUGGAGUGUAAUGAAGGGGAUAGAUGAACUGUAGCAGGAAUUAGAGCAGUCUUGUACAGCUGGAAGUCCAUAAGUAUUUAUAUAAUAAAUUAUUUUUUUCUCUGUG